AUGUGCAGUGCUAGGAACAGCAAAGAUACUGCGCAGAACCCUCAAGCUCCCAGGCCUCUGGUAGAGGACCCGAGCUUAGAGAGGGAUAACCGCCCGCGGAGGGCCAAAGUUGUCUCCUGGAGUCACAUUGAAAUUUGCUUAAUUCAUCCUUCACGUCAAACCACAAGAAUACGUGCAGCGUUUCCUGAUGAAUGUUUCAUUAAUGCAACAUAUAAGAUGUUUACCUCAAAGCUGCUUCGUCUCGGGCUGCUAUGCAGAGUGACAGGUUCUAUACAUAUAGUGGGACGCCCUCUUCAUCGGCUCAUUCCUUCUUGCACUUUACUGAAACAUAGCUAUUCGACUGCAGCAGAUAACACACCGCCUCCACGAUGGGUGCAGCUGGAGCCUGAGCUUGAGGAGGCUUUGGUUCCACGGAAGCUGUCCGUGAGUCCUUUGGAGAGCUGGCUGUCUCUACGCUACUCCCUCCCUGCUGCCCUGGAGCCUACCCUGGCCCAGGAGGAGGCUGAACGGCUAGAGGAGAAGGUCCUUCCACCAGGGUCUGUUCCAGUGCUGGAGGAUGACAGCGGGUCGGCCGCACCUCUCAGCUGUAGAAAUGUGUUGAAAAUCCGUCGGAGGAAGAUGAACCGACACAAAUACAAAAAGCUUCUAAAGCGGAGGAAGUUUGUGAGGAGGAGAGUGAUGGAGGGCAGAGGCAAAAAGAAACAGAAGAAAUUUGAAAGCGAUCUCAAGAGACUUUGGAGAAAAGCUGGACUAAAAGCGGCCCCAGAGGGAUGGAACACCCCAAAACUCUUCAUUAAACAACAUGGAAAUAAAUAA